AUGUCGAGACCACCAACUGUGAGUGAAUUGGUUGGAAAUUCUAACAUAACGUUCAGACCAGUUGUACCAGCACAUUCAGAGGAUACGAUUCGUGCUGAUUAUGACACUGAUUCGCUUUGGAAGCCAAGACGCGUUCAGCCGCAGCGUACUUGCUCCGUCGAAUCCAGCGAUUCUGAGGGACUCAGAAGGUCGUCGGAGGCCCAUAUCAGAACCGCUCCUAUCGACGUUCCCCGUCCCCGUCGAAUUAGUCUUUCCGAAAUGAUCUUCGGCUCCCCAACAACAUUCAGCUGGGGACAAACCAACAUACAAAGUUCCCUUCCGGAAGGAAGAAGAGCGUCAGUCACUGAGGAUCCAAGAUUCCACGAUCUGAUCAAGCAUCAGAACAAAAUUCUUGGUGAUGGGCACUAA